AUGCAUCUCAGAGGUCCAUCUUGUGAUGACGUUUGCGAAUCGGUUGGGUUGUUAGCUAGUCGGUGGCAUCUUCCCGUUAUCAGUUUCGGGUGCUGGAGCGACAUCUUGUCCAAUCGGGACGAAUUCGCAACGCUUCUCAGAACGACAGGAAGUUUUGGUGAGAUCGGCACCUUCGUGAGGAAUAUCAUGAAAUUCUUCAGCUGGAAACGCGUAACCUUGGUAACCGGGCCACAGGCAGCGUGGCUCUCGGCAGUGGUCAACAUAUCGAUUGAUUUCAGGAACGUUGGAAUCGUAGCGCGACGACUGACAUUGGACAAUGACAAACUGAACGAAACGUUAUUCGUUGAGGCACAACAGUGCAGAAUUUUCGUCCUGUGUGCCUAUGGACAAGACAUCAUCCACUUCAUGCUCACGGCUUACGAACUAGGACUGAUGAACGGUGAUUACGCUUUCGUCGCCAUCGACUACGCCAACAUGGCGAAGAUUUUUCCAGAAACUUAUAACUCAAUAGUGCCACUUGAAGACGUCUUUGGAGGCAUGCUGGACAUAACGGUUGAUGUACGACCAGAAGAACCGGAAUUCGCCGAAUUUAUGAAAGACAUGGACACGUUCAAAGCCACAAACAAUACCAGCUAUGAGUUCGGAAUCCGCGUGGCUUUAGUUGUUGACGCGAUCUAUCUGUACAUACUGGCUCUCAACAACUGCAUCCGAGAUGGUGGGUUGUGUCCCCUGGGUAGAGAUAUCGUCAACUACCUCUACGGGUCGACAGAAACAGGAGUGACAGGCUCCCUAGCUGUUGAUUACGACGGAAGUCGCCACACUUCCUACAUGCUGCAUUCGAUACACGGAGAUAGAUACGUCCCUGUUGCCAGAACGAAAGAUGGGGGCGUUGGUUUCCAAAUCAUCGAGGGCACCACGGAUAUCGUGUGGCCAGGAGGCAGCACCAAGAUCCCAUUGGGUGAACCAAGCUUUACGCUUACGGUGAUUGGUUCGGUAUUGGCACUUCUGAUUGUGGCAGUCCUUCUCGGAUUUCUCAUCUACUGGGUCUGGAGCCAGACAUGA